AUGUCCUCCGACGCAUCAUGGAACUUCUUUGGUCCUCUAAUGACCGAGUACUCCUCUAUCGUUAACCUGAUCUCUCUUGUCUGUCUCGGCCUUGGACUUAUGCUAUUCAUACCUGUUCUUCUUCUCGUGAUCUUCGACCUCUUCCUUUGGAUGUGGAGGAAUAUCAGUAAUACGAACCCACCCUCGACUUUCGAUUCCGAACCCGAUAGCGUUGUCACUACGAACCCACAUGCUGCUGCAAUAGCAACAGGAAUAGACAAAGCGUCGCUUUAA